CGGUCAUUUCGUGCAAAAACGCGUCGAAUGAGCCUAAUUUUAUCACUACCGGACAUGAGGUAGCUCAACUCAAUUAUCUAGAUGCCUCAUCUAACCCCCAGCCGCCUUUUUCGUAUGUCAAAAAUCAUAUUUUUACGCACAAUCUUCUCGAGCCAUGUCGGAUGCUUUUGAAGAGAUACAAGCGAUUAAGAUAAAGAGAAACAGUUAUCGUGAGAAAUUACAGAAGAGGAAACGUGAGAGACAUGAAUUGUAUACGCUCACUUCUACGCCGGCUUCAUCCACCCUGACGGCAGAGUCGGCGUGUCCUGAUUCUAAUGCAUCUUCACGUUCGGAUCACAGCGAAUAUGAAAGAGAUGUACUUUGUAUCUUGCACGAGUCCUUACCUAAUCUACCGAUAACAUCCGCAGACUUGAUAGAUCAGCUACGUAAAAAUCUCAAUGCCGAUGUAUCUUCUUCAGACAUUCACAAGAUUCUGGAGAAGCUGGCUACACAAGAUAUAGUUAAGAUCAAAGAAGUUACAGAAAAUGGAGUAUUUGGAUAUACGGUGUUGUCGGUAACAGAAUCCCAAUCGUCGUGUCAGUCCCAGUCUGAUGACACAGAGAAUGCCGAAAGCAUAGAAAUGUCUAUGUCUGAAUUAAAUGACCAUGUCCCUCCAGAGAAACAAGCGAAAGUGGACAAGAAAAAUACCGAGGAUAUCAUGUCUCUAAUUUCGAUGCCUACGAUCAGAGAAAAGGAGAGCAAGAAGGUCGGUGAACAGAUCCUGGAUCUACUGUCAAAACAGACUUCCAAAGAGAAAUCGCUGGCGGAACGAUUUCGCUCUCAGGGAGGAGCUCAAGUUAUGGAAUUUUGUCCUCAUGGUACAAAAGUAGACUGUAUGAAAUUGAACGGUGGUCCAGGAUUUGCGGAAAAAUGCAAAAAGCUGCAUUUUAAAAAGAUCAUACAGAGUCAUACUGAUGAAUCUUUGGGAGAUUGUAGUUUUCUCAAUACCUGCUUCCACAUGGAUACAUGCAAAUAUGUUCAUUAUGAAGUAGAUGGUCCUACAGCACAACCAAAAGAAAUCAAUGACUCCGAUAGUCCAAGCAAUACCACAUCUAACAAGACAUUGAAUCUAGAUAGCAAAAACGGUAGUAGUAGCAGUAGCAACGUAGGUAGCGAGUUGACUCUGUAUCCACCACAGUGGAUCCAGUGUGAUUUGCGUUACCUCGACAUGACUGUUCUUGGCAAGUUUGCUGUGAUCAUGGCCGAUCCACCAUGGGACAUUCAUAUGGAGUUACCUUAUGGCACUAUGUCGGAUGAUGAGAUGAGACAAUUGGGAAUCCCGACACUUCAGGAUGAAGGACUCUUGUUCCUUUGGGUGACUGGCAGAGCCAUGGAGUUGGGAAGAGAGUGUUUGCAGCUAUGGGGCUAUGAGAGGGUUGACGAAAUCAUCUGGGUAAAGACCAAUCAGUUGCAAAGGAUAAUACGGACUGGUAGGACAGGUCAUUGGCUGAAUCAUGGCAAGGAACAUUGUCUGGUCGGCAUGAAGGGUAAUCCUCGUAUCAAUCGAGGAUUGGACAGUGAUGUGAUUGUCGCUGAGGUUCGUGCUACUAGCCACAAACCCGACGAGAUCUAUGGCAUCAUCGAGCGAAUGAGUCCCGGUACCAGGAAAAUCGAAUUGUUUGGUCGGCCGCAUAAUGUACAGCCCAACUGGAUUACGUUGGGCAACCAGGUGGAUGGUGUUCAUCUAAUUGAUCCACAACUUAUUAAAGCCUUUAAAAAACAUUAUCCCGACGGAAACUCAAUGAAGCCUACCAAGCCAUAAGAUUUCCUCGUCCAAUAAAAGAUUAAACGGAGAUUAAUGAUAUAAUUAAAUUUCCAAAGAAUUUAAAAUGUUAAGUAUCAAUUUUAAGAAAUUUAGAUCAAGUUUUUUAAAAAGAUGGUUUAUAUUUCUUCGCCUCUAUCAAGUACAAUGUUUGAAUUU